AUGACAACAGCUGACAAUGAUAUGGAAACAGAGGGUAUGUCGAGUUGUGCUCCAACUGAAGGCACCAUUUGAGCCACCGGAUGUGUACUAACAAGUUAAAUUUUCUUUGAAAAGUAGCCUAUCCUGAUUUUAGCUCCAUAUUGCAGGAUUUUUUCACAGUUUUAGAACAUGCAAAUCUAGAUAUACUAUCGCAGAGAGUUUUACCAGGCACACAUGGGGAGUCGAGUGUGAAUGGAGACGCGGACACGGAUAGUUCAGAGGCCAAACUCAAGAGUUUACUAGAGAAAAACCUGGAGGCACGAUACGACAAUAGCCCCUAUGAGCUUUACAGCGACAUCAAGUUUGUUUGUUCGAGCCUCAUUAAUCAAGCGCCUCCACAAUCACGCCGAUACAAGGAAAUCGACUUUUUCUACAAAUUUGCAACAGAAUUGUUGUUGAGAGAAACAGGUAAUCUUGUGGCCCUGCGCAAAUCAAAAGUAUCCGACAUCAAGAAUGACCUUGAGCUGGUGCUAGAGGAGGAAUUUGACAGAAUCAAUGUCAGCUACACGCUAGGCAACGGAGAAAUAGUGACAUAUAUAUCAACAACGGAAGAGCCGGAACCACAGAGUGCUGGCAACAUCUACAAUCAGCAUCAUCAUCCCUCGCCACCAAAGCAAAAAGUUCAGCCUUUAUUUUCAUCCAUUAUUGAAAAGUCCGUGUUGGACAGCACGCCGACUUUUGUUGAUGAACCUUACAGCGUGGCCAAAGUUGUGCCGAUGACCAAGGAUGCCGAGGGCUCGUCGACGUUUGAAAAUUUGUCUCCGGCAACUGGUGUGAUUCCUUCGCCUUUGGAGUUUCCUACCAACGUUUUGCACGAUUUCUUUCACCCUACUUGGUACACCGUGGCGAUGCCCACGUGGUUGGACUACAAAGGCCAGGCUAUAAAACAACCAAGCACGCCUUUCCAGAGGCAAAGGGGCCCAAACGACCCGCCUCAGUUGAGUCUUUUACAACAGGCGCAGAAAACUACAAUUGCUCCCGGUUGGUCUUCGGGCCAAACCUUCCGGUCAUUUGCGCCGCUGGUGGACACCAAGGGCUCAAUAGUUGCAGACAAGUUGAAGGCGAAUAUCUGGUUAAAUCACAUUGGCGUUGCUGAGAUUGAAAAGUUGAAAGAUCAAUUCUUGACUGACUCGAUCCAAGAAGACUCUGAGGGAGAUGAAACGGAAUUGGAAGACCAAGACCAAGAUCAAGACCAGGACCAGGACCAGGACCAGGACCAGGACCAAGACCAAGACCAAGACCAAGAUCAAGACCAGGACCAGGACCAGGACCAGGACCAGAGCCGAAUGGGAGAUGACGAGGACGAAGAUGAGUCAGAGGUUCAGGCUCAGGGUCAGGCACCGGCUCAAGCUCAGGCUCAGGACCAACUGCAAGGGUUGAGUGAAGAGACCGACGUCAAUGGCAAAAUUACAGAGAAAGAAGAAAAGCCAGCUGAAUUAAUAAAUUUGGCAAACAUAGCCAAAUGGAACCCAGCUGAAGUGGAAGAAUUUGAAUUCCUCAAAUCUCACCGUCAGGAUCUCUUGUCUCCCGUGAAGCUACAAAACUUGAUCUCGAUUACCUUAACCAAGAUGAACAAGUUACGCCAGGAAAGGUAUUUCAAGAGCGAUGCUAGGAACCCACUGCCACCAGACAGGGCUGAAAUCGUUUUAUACAAAAGAGCCCUGCAAUUGAUUCUCCUUGCUUUCCAAUUGUACAAAGUCAGUCCUUCCACAUUCACUUUUAAAUUCAGCAAAAAGAUUCCGGUAUUGAUGAGUGAAUAUAACGGGAUGUUGCCCGGUAUGCCUCCAAACAAGUUGGCGGCCUCUGCUCUUGCUGGCGGCGGCGGCUCAAUGAGCCAAAAUCCGCUCAAGCCAGGAAGAUUAGCGGGAUUGAGAGCACCAACUGCUCGUGGAAAAAGAGGAAAAUACAAUCACUGA